AUGGCUUCAUCAGCGGUAUCAACGCCAUCAUCGGCUGGCUCACCAGCAGCCCUUGCGCCCACCCCUCCUGUUCUCGCCAUCAAAAUUGGAAAUUCAUCAAAUAUCAACACUAUGGCUUCAGUAUCGAGUGCUUCUACCCCCACCAUCAUGACGACGAAGGAAUGGGUUAUUCCGCCACGACCGAAGCCUGGACGAAAGCCUGCGACUGAUACCCCACCAACGAAGAGAAAGGCUCAAAAUAGAGCUGCUCAACGUGCUUUUAGGGAACGACGGGCUGCCCGAGUAGGUGAAUUGGAAGAACUACUUGAAGAGGCGAAGGAAGAUUAUCGAAGGCGCGAGAAUGAUAUGAGGUUGAAGAUUACUAGACUUGAGGCAGAUGUAUCCCGGUUCAAUGGUGAACUCCAAUCAUGGAGAGUACGAUGCGAGACCCUCGAUCGAAUUGCAGAAUAUGAAAAGCGAGAGAAGGAAGCUGCACUCAAGGAAUUGGCAUAUCUCAGGAAUGGUUUUCAGAGCACAAGUACUGAUGCUGUCCCUCUUCCACCACGUCGGAACCGUCAGUCAACACAAACAUUACCACGAUUGCCACGACAACAACAAAUUCCUUAUGUUCCUGAGGUUGAGGAAUCGCAUGAUAUUGGAUGUGGUAAUUGCAAGUCUACGGGUGAAUGUGCUUGUGUUGAACAAGUGAUUGCCAUGUCAGCUGAAGGCUGUGGCAACUGCAGCCCAGACACUCAUUGCCAGUGCUUAGAGGAAACCCUCAAGGAUGUCGGCAUGGAUUUGAAGAGAGCACAUUCUCCUACAAUAGAUGGUGCUGCAGAGAAACGCGCCCGUUUGUCAUCUAGGCCAUCUACUCCCCUUGAGAUUGAUUUUACCGCCCAAUUCUCCUCGCGACGACAGCCAGCCAUCCGCGAGCUAUCACCUCCACCUCAGAUCAUGACACGACCUAUUGAAUCAUGUGGCUUCUGUGAUCAAGGAACAUAUUGUAUGUGUGCCGCAGCAGCCGCUGAUGCUAAUGCUGCACAUGAAAGAGAGCGCGAGAAUCGUCUUGCACCUUUACUUAACGAAGUCACACCUCCGCCAUCAGACACAGAUGUUGAGAACACACAGAUCAAGCUUCCAUCUAUGCAACCUAAUCAUAUGCAUCGCCCAGUUACUGCCGCACCAACUUCAAAUCCUUGUGCCAAUGGCCCUGGUACCUGCAAACAAUGUAUGAGUGAUCCAAAGUCGGGAUUGUUCUGUCGAUCACUUGCAGCAAUGAGAGCUUCUCCAGGUUCAUCCCCACCCGACGGAUGCUGUGGUGGAAAAUCUUCUGGUGGUGGCUGUUGCAAGACAAUGCAACCGGCUUCUUCAUCAGAACCACCCCCAAGCUUAUCCGUUGCGGAAACCUACAAGACUCUUGCUACCCACAAGAAUUUUGAUCAAGCUAGUGAUGAGCUGAACACGUGGCUGGGUCGUCUUCAUGCUACACCGCUCCAACACGCCGGUAGAGCGCCCAUGGAAGUGGAGGCUGCAAGUGUCAUGGGUGUGCUGAAACUCUUUGAUCGAAGAUUUGGAAGAGGUUGA